GUCUGGCUCAGGCGGCAGACAUCUUGGAUGUGGGCAGGUUUACUUUCCACGCAGGUGAAUUUCCCCCUUUACUUCGCCAAAACCAAGCCAUAAUCCUCACUUCCCUUCGUAGCUCCUCUUAGUUCCUGAAGAGUUAUCUUAUGGCUUGGACACCUGCGGGAUGAGAGUAAUGCCCUUAGACAAGAUGGCGGUCGCAGAAACCUGAGCGCCAGGAAGCGUCGGGAACGCGCUGCUCGGGGACGCGCCUCCCUCCCCUGAGGGGACCGGAAGCGGAAGCGGCGCCAGGAGCUGGGGGACCCGGAGGCUGAGAGGGAGCGAGGUGAUAACGUGUGAGAUUGACACUUCAGACCUUCUUCAUGAACUGAUCGGAAAACUUUUCUCCCUUAUCUGCUCUGCAGAGACUCAACACCGAGGUGUGUGCAGGGGAGCCAUGGAGGAGUCUCACUUCAACUCCUCCUAUUUUUGGCCAGCUGUCCCCACAGUCUCUGGACAGCAGAUUGACAACUCUAUGUUCCUAAACAAAGUGAAAGAGCAGCUGAUUCAGGAGAAAGGCUGCAACCUAAGCUCCCACUACCCCACUCUCUUGACGGUACCCACGUCCGUGUCCCUGCCCGCAGGCAUAAGCGUAGAUGGCGAUAACAAGGUGGAGAUUCAUGGGAUUCCUCACAGUCAGGCGUCUGUCACCCAGAACAUCACCGUCCUGCCUGUCCCCACAACGGGGCUCAUGACAGCAACCGGCCUGGUCAUCACUUCUCCCUCUGGAUCUCUUGUGACUACUCCAUCUUCUUCUGGUCAAACCUUUCCCAUUUCUGCCCCUUCCACCAUGAUUGUGUCUACUUUGCCAGGCUCCCAGACAUUGCAAGUUGUGUCUGAGCUUACCAAGGCCAAGAUCAAUGAGGUGGGAACUAUAGGUAUCCAAAAAUCAGGCCGAGGGAGGAAGAAGAAGAGAAUCCCAGAACCUACACUACCCGAGCUGCACGACCCGUAUGACUUGUCUAAUGAAGAUGAUGAGGAUCACCAUAAAGAUGGGAAGACCUACCGGUGCCGGAUGUGCUCGAUCACCUUCUUCUCCAAAUCUGAGAUGCAGAUUCACUCCAAGUCUCACACAGAGGCCAAGCCCCACAAGUGCCCUCAUUGCUCGAAAACCUUCGCCAACAGUUCCUACUUGGCUCAGCACGUGCGGAUCCAUUCUGGGGCUAAGCCCUAUACCUGCAGUUACUGUCAGAAAGCCUUCCGCCAGCUGUCUCACCUCCAGCAGCACACACGGAUCCACACGAAGGUGCACAGUGCGGUGUCCAAGCCCCACAAGUGCCCGUACUGCUCCAAAUCCUUCGCCAACCGCUCCUACUUGAAUCAGCAUGUGCGCAUCCACUCGGGGGCCAAGCCUUACAGCUGCCGCUACUGUCUGAAGGCCUUCCGCCAGCUCUCUCACCUCCAGCAACAUACACGAAUCCACACGAAGGUGCAUAUUGUGGUGUCCAAGCCUCACAAGUGCCCGCACUGCUCCAAAACCUUCGCCAACAGCUCCUAUCUGGCCCAGCACGUGCGCAUCCACUCGGGGGCCAAGCCCUACAACUGCCGCUACUGUCAGAAGGCCUUCCGCCAGCUCUCUCACCUCCAGCAACAUACACGGAUUCACACAGGCGACAGGCCCUAUAAAUGCGUACAUCCUGGAUGUGACAAGGCUUUCACCCAGCUGUCAAAUCUGCAGUCUCACAGGAGGCAGCACAACAAAGAUAAACCCUUCAAGUGCCACAAUUGUCACCGAGCGUACACCGACUCGUCCUCCCUGGAGGUCCACCUGUCUACUCACACCGUCAAGCACGCUAAAGUGUAUACCUGUUCCAUCUGUAGCCGAGCAUAUACUUCGGAGACUUAUCUGAUGAAACACAUGAGGAAACACAACGCUCCAGAAACUUCGCAGCCGCCUCCUACGCAAGUCCUAACCUCACAAGCGCAUUUCACACCCGUAUCCCAGGCCCCAACGUCUGACGGUCCUCAGUGCUCCUUUGACAUGAGUCCCUUCAAGACUGAUCAUCACAAGGACUUAUGUUUGACCGUCGCCACCAGCACCAUUCAAGUGGAACAUUUAGCCAGCUCUUAGUUUAUUCAAGAAAUGGACAAACUUCGUACAAGUGGGAAGGGAGCGAAAAUGUCCCAGACCAGACAUGUGGGGAGGGGGUUAAAGGUCUGGACCGGACCAUUCUUGUUGGGUGGGGAAAAAAAAGCUACAGAAAAAAGUGGCUAUGAACUUUGGCUUACGAAGACAGAGAGAAUGGACUCAUAACCAGCCUCAGUAUAAUGGAGGUUUUCAAGCUAUUACAUUGGAGCCCUGGACAUUGGGCUGAGAUCAGGCUGAAGUCCUGACGUCAACACUUUUGCUGCUUGCUCAUAGUAUACAUUAACAGCACACGGAGAACGGCAGUGUCCCAGCAGUGUUAUAUACAAUGCACUGCAUCCCAUUAUUGACUUCAUACAGGUUUCUUGCAGUGCAAGUGCUGUCACUGAACCGGAGGAUGCCAUGCACCGCUAGUGUUUUGGAAGGACUGCAGUUUAUACCCAGUGUCAGUGCCCAGCCAGCAAUACUUCCCAUAUAUGGGACAGAU